AUGACAUCCGUCGUAGCCGGAGGACUCUUUAAUGCCGUAGCAUUUGCCGGAGCAAGAUUUCUUUUCUCAAAAUUAAAUGGACAAGGAUACAAAGAAGAAGUGAAAAGACAUAACCAAGCAUUGGAUAAACUUGCGAAAGCAAAGGAAAAAUUCUAUGAAUCCGAAGUGAAGCGUAGGAACGACGAAACUCGACGUCGGCCUGAAAUCCUGGAUGCUAACAAGGACAUUGAGGACACAAACAGGGCGCUGGAAGAUUUAAGGGAUUUUACGAGACUUAUGGAUGACUCGGCAUUCCAGCGCAGGCCGAAAUUGGAAGAUUAUUAUCAACCGUCGGACGAAAUGAAAAGGUAUGCUAUGAUGACGAUGGGUAUUUUAGGAGUUGGUGGUGCCUACGGAUUGACACGAAUAUUUUAA